AUGCGGCCUAUUCUUUUCUACCCGGCCAUCAUUGGUGGAGUGUUGUCGAGCGUUAUCUCAGGAGCGACAACCUGUACUCAGUAUACAGUUCAAGAGAAAGACACCUGCCGUAGCAUCACCAAAGCAUCCAAGGUCACUUACGCUCAGCUUCUGUCGUGGAAUCCAAGCCUUGACGUCACUUGCGGAAACUUGAGCAAGCAGAAAGAUGGCAAGAUCUGCAUCAGCAAUCCGCUUGGUAACUUUGCUCUUCCCAGCAGCUCAAAGCCAGUAGCUACUCUCAUCACUACAGAAGCCCCUGUGCCUUCUCCAACUGGACAAGGUACUAACGCCCAUUGUGGUGAGUGGUAUCAGGUAGCUCUCGGCGACGAUUGCUCGAUGAUCGCAACCAAUCACAGCAUUACGAGGAAAGACUUGCUGUUUCUGAACCCAGAACUCUUCGACAACUGCACCAACCUGCUAGCCGACGUCUAUUACUGUGUCCAGCCGGUUGGUUAUAUUUCUACAUAUCCCGGAUAUGAUGGCUCCUCUACAAGACCGCCCAUCAAGCCCGUGUCCGCCACAAUGCUCCCUAAUCCAGAUCGCCCAGCAAAAACCAACAGCUCAAAUAUUCAGAUAAUUCCUAUUGCUAACGGAACUCGUCUAGACUGUUACAAGUCUGACAAUCAACAGGACUUUAUUCUCUGGAACCCGUCAUUAGCAAGUUCCAAAGAUACAGAGACAUUUGCUUUGACAACAGCCAGCCCUGUAGCAAACCCAUAUGCUUAUCCAUGCACCGUCUCAGCCAACUCGUCAUAUUGUGUGAUGCUGGCCUCCCCUACACCAGAGCCGGAACAAGAUUUCGUACCUCCUAGCCCUCUUGCAGCUGGAACCCCAGCCAAUUGCACAAGAUACCAUCAGGUUCAAUCCUACAACACCUGUGAGAACAUCCUGGCUCAGUUCUACCUUGAUAUUGAACAGUUCUAUGCCAUGAAUCCAACAAUUGGUAAGGACUGUACUGGGCUUGCAAUGGGUACAUAUUAUUGCAUCUCAAUUUGGGCAAACGGUCGUCCGUCUCCAGUCCCUGAGGACGAAGACGAUGACGAUGACGAUGACGAUGACGGUCUCACUACGUCCGUUGUUUCCAGCACCAAUGUCGCUUCCGUCACAGGCACAACGGCAUCCACACCGUCACCCAUUCAGACUGGCAUGGUAUCGAACUGUAACAAAUUCUACAACGUGCAGGAGGGCGAUGGCUGCUGGGCCAUUUCUAAUAACAACAACAUCAAUCUUGAUGACUUCUAUAAGUGGAAUCCUGCUGUUGGGAAGGACUGUUCUACUUUACAGCCCAAGUUCUACGUUUGUGUCGGGGUUCAAGCCAGUGGCAUCCCUACACCAACACCGACGCAAACUGGUAUGGUUAUGGGCUGCAAAUCGUUCUACAAAGUACAAAAGGGCGACGGUUGUUGGGCCAUUGCGAACAACCACAAGAUCAAGCUUGACGAUUUCUAUAAGUGGAAUCCUGCUGUUAAGACUGAUUGCUCUGGACUACAGCCGAAUUACAAUGUCUGUGUUGGUGUGUAG